GUUUAGUCCGACACGGUACAGGAUACUUCGUCGUAUACUUCAGCACCGACAGGAUGGAGAUGAGCAAGGACGUCCGACACCUGCCAAUUAUGACCACUUUGUUUGUUCUCUUUUUGGGAACUAUGGGAACUGGGUUCAAGCGUGUGUGCUACUAUGCCCCUAAGCACCAUAUCACUGUGGACCUGAAAGCAUUGGAUCUUACCCUUUGCACCCAUAUCAUAUACGGAUUCGCACAUGUCUCGAUAAAUUACACACUGGUCCCGAAGAAUAGAACCAUAGAUCCAGAGAGGUACACGAACUUCACUACUUAUCUUGAGGAACAGGCCCCGAACGUUACAAGACUGCUCUGUGUGAGUGAAGGCAACUUCAGUGUAAUGACAGGAAACAGCACUCAUAGACACACCUUCAUCAAAUCGGCUUUGGAGCAGUUGGAAAAGUGGAAAUUCCAUGGUCUCGACGUUGACUGGGAGUUUCCCAACAAAUAUAACAAGCACAAAGAGGACAAACCUCAUUUCCAGACCUUUCUGCAGGAACUGUAUGACCAGUUGCACCCCAAAAAUAUGACGCUGACCAUCGCUAUACCAGGGUGGUCCUCCUAUAUAGAAAACGGCUUUGACGCAAGAAUGGUGGCCAAUAUAUCGAAAUUGAUCAGCUUCGCAAACUUGAUGAGCUACGACUAUAACGUCUUCAAUAACAGGAGUCGCCCGUUCACUGGUCCCAACAGCCCUCUUAACGAGACGAGCACGUUCAAGAAUCCAUACUCCAGGGAGGAGACCAGAUAUUUGAUAUGGUCUGCCCGAAACUGGUCGAAGGCUCUGAACCUGACAAAAGAGAAAAUCGUCGUUGGGAUUUCGUUCUUUGGAAGAAGAUUCAGGCUUAGGAACGUGGGGAAACACAGAUUUCAUGCGCCCGCGGUGCCGCUUGAGACAGAAGACCAGGUGCGCAAGAAAGUCCGGGUGGACGCGAAAGUCAGCUACAACUGGACGUGCCAUUUCCUUAUGAGGCCUGGAACUCAAAAGAGAUGGGACAACGUCAGCCACACACCCUAUGCAUUCAACAGGCAUACCUGGGUCUCCUACGACGACGAACACAGUGUUGCUGACAAGGUCAAAUGGAUUUUAAAACAUGGAUACGGUGGUGUCAUGACAUACACGCUGAACGACGACGAUAUGAAUGGCGACUGCGACAAGGCGAAUAAAUCUGCAGCUGCCUCACCUGCAAGUCCUCCGAAGAAAUUCCCAUUGCAACGGACAGUAUAUGAUCUGACCAAAAGUGCUUCAGUUUGCACAAGCUGAAUCAUUGCACGAAAGAGAGUAUUAAACCACUAACUAAAAGCUCCUUCAUGUCUUC